AUGCUCAGCUGGUGGUGUAUCAAGAGGUAUAAGAAGCUGGUGGUGGACCAAGAGGCAUCAGCACCUCUCGCUACUCUUUGGAUCCUUCCACCAAGAAGAACAAGAUCUUGUUGGAAGGAACUCUCUUCACCCCUGGCCAAACUCAGGGGCGAUGCCCUCCAAUCUGUGGACCAGAUGAGCAAUAGCCCUUCCACAAUGAUGUCCGAGUGCUACGCCAGCUGUCCUGCCUCAACCGUCACAAUUCAGCCGCCUCCUUUUGUCCUGAAUAUCCCAGGACCAGCAUUGUUCUGCCCUGACCAAGCCUUUGGCAUUGAACAACACAAUCCAUGUGCAGGCUUUGGUGGGAGUAUGGGUGCUUUGGGCCCUGGAAGAGGAGGUUGGGGUGGUAGCUGGAGCGGUGGAAGUGGAAUAGGGAGUAGGAUGGGUGGUGGUUUGGGUGUUGGUGGAGUCGGAGGUGUGGGUGGUUUAGGAGGUGGUGGUUUGGGCACUGGAGGACCCACAGGUCUGGGCAUUGGAGGGCUUGGUGGGCCCAGAAGUGGUGGUCUGGGCAUUGGAGGGCUUGGUGGGCCCAGAAGUGGUAGUCUGGGCAUUGGAGGAGUUGUUGGACCCAGAGGUAGUCUGGGCCUUGGUGGACCAAGGGGUACCACAGCAGGUUGGAGUGGAGGUAGCAGAUUAGGGGGCACUGUUGGUGGUCGGAGAGGCCGUGUUGGGAUGGGCAGCAUGACUGGUGGCGAUUUGGGCAGUGGUGAAGGUGGAGUUAUGAGUGGUCGGAGAGGCAGUAUUGGAGCUGGGGGCUCUACAGUUGGUUGGAGUGGAGUAGGAGACACUAUGGGUGUUCGGAGAGGCAGUGUUGGGACAGGCAGCAUCACUGAGGGUGAUUUAGGCACUGGUGGUGUUGAGGGCACCAUACAUGGUGGUUUGAGCUCUGGUGGAACAAGGAUCACCACAGGAGGUUUGGGUGGAGGUAGCAGAACAGGGGUUAGUGUGGGGGGACGGAGAGGUAGCAUUGGAACUGGAGGCACUAUAGGUGGUGGAGUAGGGAGCAGCAUGAGUGGUCGCAGAGGCAGUGUCGGAACAGUGAGUGUCACUGGUGGGAAUUAUGGCCUUAGUGGAACAAGGGGCAGUACAGUAGGUGGUUGGACUAGUGGCCGACGAAUGAGUGGAAGCCACCGAUAUGGCAGUAGCAUUAGGUAUGGCGGUGGUGGAUAUGGUGGUGGUUACAGCAGUGGUGGAUAUGGUUCUGGUGGAUAUGGAGGUGGUUAUGGCCACACAGGACAUGGUUCUGGUGGAUAUGGAGGCAGUUAUGGCCACACAGGACAUGGUUCUGGUGGAUAUGGAGGUGGUUAUGGCCACACAGGACAUGGUUCUGGUGGAUAUGAAGGUGGUUAUGGCCAUACAGGACAUGGUUCUGGUGGAUAUGGAGGUGGUUAUGGCCACACAGGACAUGGUUCUGGUGGAUACAGACGGAUCGGGUACUCUGUUGGUGGAGGGGAUGGAUACAGAAGUGGUGGCUUCAGCAGCAGAUCUUACGGAGGAUCCUAUGGAGGGACCCUGGCUGUGAUGCCAGGCGCUUCAGACUUCUAGUCCUGUUACUGAACAUGGAAGAAAUAACUCAGAAGUCCCCAAACAACUGGAGAAGUAAAACAUGAAACUGAAUGCUACAUUUACAGUGAUGGACUUAAGAUAUAACCAUUGUCUUCUAAGAACAUAAACUCAGGUCUGAAAUCUUAGACUAGGUUUCAGCUGACUCUUCUGUCUUCCUUUACUCUCCUCUGAUGGCAUCCCCUAAAAAGAAAUAAUUUCCUUUCUGAGUUCUGCUGGUACUUUCUGGACUGGAGGAAGUGAUAGAGAUCAUGAACCUAGCCUGCUGGGGAAAUGGAGACAUAUCACCCCUACAGACUCCAAAACUGUGUUUGAAUAGAAUCCAUAAACACU